UUUUUUCCUCUCAAAACUCUUCCAAGAAGAUAGGGCAAAACGAUACCGGUGAAGAAAAGGUAAAACAAAAUGGAAAUACAAGUAGAGGUGUAUCUGCCUGAAGAUGUGUUGAUUCAAAUUUUAUCAAGGCUACCAGUGAAAUCACUGAUGAGAUUCAGGACUGUAUGCAAGUCCUGGAAUUCUCUUGUCAAAAGCUCUGCUUUCGUUUCCAAGCACCUCGAAAACCACACCAACUCCUCCACCGUGAAGAAUAUUUCACGCCUUCUUGUUUGCCAUCGCGACAAUCCUACCAACAAACGAAAGAUCUCAUUGUUCACGAAUGACAAUCUCAAAGAAUUCGUUAGCCAAGAAUUAUCACCAUUCUUUGAUAACAAGUUUGGUCACAUACGACUUAUUGGCCCGUGUAAUGGCAUAGUUUGCUUGUAUGGAUUUACGGACAACAUUGCUCUAUGGAACCCUUCAAUCGGAGAAUUCAAGACUCUCCCAGUAUCCCCAAUACCACGUCCACCGGAUGCUAGAAUCCUAGGUGGCGAUCUUGCUUUCGGUUUCGAUUCCAAAACCAAUCAUUACAAAGUAAUGCAAAUCUUGUUCUGCUCUUCAAACAAGUUUGGCGCUGCUUACCAUGUGGAGAUAUAUAAUCUGACAACAGAUUCUUGGAGAGAAUAUGGUGGGAUUGUGCCUGCAAAUAUUAUGUAUGUCAAUAUUUGGAGUAUGUUAUACAGAACAGAAACUUUCUGCUGGUGGGCAAAGGAUGGUGACCAUGAGAUAAUCCUUUCAUUUGACAUGGCCAAUGAGGAAUUUAAGAGAAGUCCACUGCCAUCUGAUAUAGAAGAUCUUGGGGGAGCGCACAGAAUUACGCGGGCUAUAGUGCCGAUGAAUGAGUCUAUAGCAUUGAUUGUUUAUCCUCAGAAACAAGUGGAGAAAUUUUUUGAUUUAUGGGUAAUGAAAGAAUUGGGUGUUGAGGAGUCUUGGACUAGACUGUCGACUAUCGGACCUCUUUCCGGAAUCGAGAGGCCAUUAGGGUUUUGGAAUAAAGGCGAGUUUAUUCUGGAAAAUAGUUUUGGAGAGCUAGUUUUGUAUGACCAUUGUAUCCAACAAAUUAAAAAUCUUGGAUUGCAGGGCAAAAGGGACAGGUUAGAGGUGGUUGUUUACAUGGAGAGCUUAGUUGCACUCAAUAGUGGAAGUGAAUCUUAGGAAGAUAACUUUUGUGAUACAAAGUUGCAGAACUUUUGUUUCUUUGCAAGCUUUUGUGAAAGCCACAAGAAGUAGAUUUCUAUUGUUUUUGGAAUUGCAUUACAGUAUUGUUAUAAACUUUGAGUUAGUUGAUAACCCGGUGACCGAGUCUUUUUAC